UUGAUAUCAAUGGACCAAAUAGCAAUUUUGCCUCUUAGAAGGUGUAGAGAGAACAAAAAUUGGAGAAAAAUUAUUGUUAUCCGUACAUGAAAUAAUGAGCUCAGUGUUAUUAACAUCUAGUACAAAGAAAUAAAGCGAAUUCAAAGCUGUUGGGGUGUAGUGCUAAGACUUGUGGGAAGACUUGUGCCAUGGCAGCACCUAAAUUUAAUUAUGCGUACCUUGUAGGAAAGUGGUCUCCCUUGACAACUUACACGCUCCACUCCACCCAGUCAAUGCAACUCCUCCCUGCUUCUGCUCCUGCUCCUGCUCCGUUGUUAUAAUUAUAAACAUCCACCACCAACUCCGACGCCCUUCCAAACAAAUCCAUGGCUGCUACCGCUAAAUUUUCGUAUCUUUCUUCAUUGCCGGCUGGUUUUGUUUUCCGUCCCACGGUGGAGCAGCUCAUUACCCACUACCUGAAGAAGAAGAAUGAUGGCAACGAGUGUGUUGUUAGUUUUAUCAAGGAGAUCGAUCUGUACAAGUUCGAACCCGAGCAACUCCCAGACAAAUCGUUUAUCCCAUCUGAUAAUUUUGAGUGGUUUUUCUUCCGGGCCAACACCUUGGUCAUUGAAAGAACCACGGGUACUGGCAGCUGGAAAUCCAGCGGUGAUCCCCGCCCCAUCAAGGCUCGAGGAACCGAUGAAGUGAUCGGAAGUAGAGAAAUCUUCGUGUUCCAUCGAGGGCGGGGAGACAAGGGUGUAAAGACCAAUUGGGUGAUACGCGAGUAUAGGCUUCACCCAGACACUAAAAUCCCUUCCCAGCACCCAUUCCUCAUUUUUAAAUUGAAGGAUAAAAAUGCAGAUGGAGAGAAGAAAAUCACACCGAAGCCUGGAGCUGGAACUUCCAAAAAUCCAGAUAAUGCCAUACAGAGUGUAUAUGAUUUUGAAAAGCACAUUACGGAAUCGGUGUUCGGCAAGCAUAAAAACUUGGACCAGAUGACAUCAAACAAACACGAGGAAUCGGAGGAAUCAGAUGACGCUUAUGCUGAUAACCAAAUAAGAAAGUUGCGUAGAGACCCCAUAAGUGUAAAGUUAUUGACGGUCAGUGGCAACACUAAACCCCGCAAGGUUGUAUCCGAAGGAAGUAAACAACAAAAAGGCCCAUUGUCGGAGGAAACCCCAACUACAGAGACGUCCCAAUACAAGACUCAAGGGGAUAACGCGCACACACAAAUUGUGAAUCCACCCCACUCAUCUACCAAACGCAUUCACCACAACUCCAGUCAACACCCACUGGUCUGUUUUGCGAAAGCAUUGCUAGGCAUCGUGAUGUUAGUAAUGUUUGCCCGAGACAUGGUGCUAUACCGACACAGGCGCUAAAUAUUAGCAUGAAGCAUUGUCUCAAUCUCGGCUUAAGCUUUUUCAUAUCAUGUAUCUGUCUUCUGCCUCACAGGCCUUGUAUUGAAUUAUAUGGCUACUAUGACGUCGAUGCCCCUAUUUUCUAUGGAAGAAUUUCUUCAAUAUUGUUCGAGUCUAGUAAAGCUUUCUUCUUCGAGAACCA